AUGGGUCGCAAAGGACAAGGCCACAAAUCGAAGAAAACCAAUUCGAAUCGAAGCAAGCGAGAGCUAGACGAGCUCGUAGAUAAAUUGCUGAGAUUAAGCACGACCCAACAGAACGACUGUACGAAAUCAUUGGAGGAUGUGAAAGAGAUACGUUUCAUAACCGAGCAACUGUUGAACUUGCAACAAAGUAAUACCAACGCAACAACGAUCAGAAGCGGUGUGGUUGUAGAGGAAUUCGUAAAAUGGUGCGGGGAAAACCAAGCGAAGCUCGAAGGAUGCCAAAUCGCGGAGUUCGAGGGAUUCGAUUUGGGCUUGAAGGUCUGCGAGGAAAUCCCUCCGGCUUCGUUGGUCAUAUCCGUCCCGAGAAAUCUGUUUCUGACAGUCGAGGCGGCCAAGAAAACCGAAUUGAAACGAUUGUUCGACAAGGAUCAAAUGCUGCGGAACAUGCACAACGUAGCUUUAGCUAUGUUUUUGAUAUUCGAACGGUUCAAAUCGGACUCCUUUUGGCGACCGUACAUCAACAUGCUGCCUUCUUCCUACACUACAGUCCUCUAUUUUACUGUCGAUGAAUUGCUGGAACUGAAAGGAAGCCCUACGUUCGAAACGGCUUUAAAACAGAUCAAAAGCAUCGCCAGGCAAUACGCCUAUUUUCAUAAAUUAUUUCACACUUCAGACGAUCCCGUUUGUGUGUUCAUGAGGGAGAAAUUCACCUACGAUGUGUACCGUUGGGCCGUAUCUACGGUUAUGACCAGGCAAAACACGAUCCCUUCCGAGGACGGGGAGACCACCAUGAAUGCAUUGAUACCUCUAUGGGACAUUUGCAAUCACACGAACGGACAGAUAACUACCGAUUACAAUCCGGAGAAGAAACGUUGCGAGUGCCUGGCUUUGAAGCAAUACCAACCCGGUGAACAGUUUUUCAUCUUCUACGGCGCCCGGACCAACGCCGAUCUAUUCAUACAUAACGGGUUUGUUUAUGAAGACAACAUUUACGACGGUUACUGGAUGAAGCUGGGCAUCAGCAAAUCCGAUCCUCUGCAAGAAAAGCGCACGGAGCUGUUGAAUAAAUUGCAGAUAAACCCUACGGGGAGUUUUUUCUUGAAGAAAGCGCCCCUUCACAUGGACGGCGCCCUGUUGGCUUUCGUGCGAAUUUUCAACAUGAAUGAAGAACAAUUGCGCCAUUGGUUGGACAGCGACCGGUCGGACGACGUGCAAUAUUUAGAAUGCGCCCUAGACACGUGUCUCGAAAAGAAAUCCUGGAGUUUCCUGCAGGCCCGUCUUAAAUUACUGCUAGCCAUUUACAAGACCACGUUGGAAGAGGAUGGUAAAUUAUUAGAAGACACUGGUCUCGGCACUAAUAGGAAACUGGCCAUUCGAAUGAGAUCUACGGAGAAAUCCAUAUUGAGAAGCUGGAUGGAUUAUGUAGAUCAAUACAUAAAGCAGUAA